CUGCUGUUGGUAACUGCAAUUGGGAACAUACUGCUUAGUGUAAGGUCAAGUAUUUCUGAGGACCACUGGGCUUUUGCAGUGGAUGUGUUAAACUGUAGUGGAUGUAUAGUGUAUUUCUAUUUAUAGGAUAUAGUGCAUUAAAGGUACUGUUGUGGAUGUGUAUGGUAUGAGACGGCCAUUCAGCUUGUUCAGUGAAGGCACGAGACAAAUGCAUAAUGCCUCUGUGGCAAGCUGUCAAGUGAUGGCAUUCCUCAAUAUGACACUUUCAGUACAUUCGUCUGUGCUGCCCAGGCGGCUUCACGCCACGGUGGAUGUUUAGAGCAUGUUGUUAUGGCAACGGAGCUGGGAUGGCUGGAUCGUGCAGCACAGGGAGGCAGAGGACAGAUGAGGAGGAGACGUAUAUGAUGAUGAUUCCCGAAGUUCACGGUCAGGAUGAUUUUCCUCCAGGGAUUCUGGGAGCCAUUUUACAUCAUCAAUUCAAAUCAAAUGUAUUGGUCACAUACACAUGGUUAGUAGAUGUUAUUGCGAGUAUAGCGAAAUGCGAAAUGCAACAUGUGAGUUGGGAAUGUGAUGUCAAUUGGACAGCGAGCCACUGACGGUAGCUUCUAAGCACAAGAAGAAAAGGCAAACGGUUGGAUACAAACACCCAUGUUUUAAGUGAGUCUAGCCUUCCAAUGUUAAGAUACUCACAUGAUAUUCUUCUUUUGACUCACAGAUGGCGUCACUCGUUUACUGUUCUGAGGGGCGACUGCAAGUUCACACCCCCUCCUGGCUUACCCCUCGACCCCCACACACCCCCUCCCCAGCGUGUCUCUGGUUCGCUAGUUGCUAUUUACCUCUGUGUUAAUCCACACCCCCUCCCUCCCUCUUUCUCACUCGAUCCCGCUCUCUCACUCCUCCCCUUAUUCCCUCAAAGCCAGCAGGCUGCUAUUCGAUACAGACGGCUUGCUACAUGAUCUCCUGGAAAACACUGUUCCGCAUCUCUCUUGCCACUCGAUGGCCAGGCCUUUGUAGAUUAUACACCAAGCGGAAGAGAGAUGCCAGCGCCAGGACAUUGACUCCUUUCCUCCUUCUGCUUCCCCCUCCCCUUCCUUAAUCUCCCACCUCUUGAUCUCUACCCACCCCCCGUGCCCUUUCCUGUCCUGUGCCCCCUUCCUCCCAACCUCCCCCUCCCCUACCCUACCUAAAGUCCUACUCUCCCUCUUACCCCCUUGACAAUGUUACCAUGCAUUAACUGGCUUCAGCCUUUCCUUGCCUUGCUCUCUUCCACCUUGCUGACUCGGGGCCACAACUGUCCGUCCAGCUGCCUGUGUCCAGACCACCACACAGUGGACUGCCAGGGCCAAGGUCUCACCCGCCUCCCAAGCCCCAUCCCCCUGGAUGUCCGGCGCCUCCUGCUCUCUGACAACUGGAUUCCCUUGAUCCCCUCGGAUUUCCUGGUUCUGUACAGCGACCUGGUCUACCUGGACCUGAGGAAUAACUCCCUGUCUGGGCUGGAGCCUGGCACCCUCAGCACAUCGUCCCGCCUGGUCUUCCUGGACCUGGGCAGCAACAACCUGACAGAGAUCCAGUCAGAGACCUUUGGAGAGUCCAGGAGCCUGAUUAAGUUGCGGCUGGGAAACAACCCCUAUCUUAGCCAGGUGGAGGAGGACGCUUUCCUGGGUCUCACCUCGCUGCGGGUGUUGGAGUUGGAGAGAAACGGCCUGCAGGGGCUGGACGUGGGGGUGCUGGAGCCUUUAACCUCACUCCGGGUGCUGCGCCUGGAGGGCAACCCCUGGGUGUGCAACUGUCACUUUGCUAAACUCUUUGUGUGGCUGAUGGAGAACCGCCACAAGCUUCCAACGGGUAUGGAAGGGUUGGAGUGCUCUCUCCCCAUGGACGGGAGUCUUAUGUCCCUGAGUCUGCUCUCUGAGGCCAGUUUCCGGGAGUGCCGGGGCUACCUCUCCCUCACGGAUAUCCUCAUAGUCAUCUUCUCGGGGAUCUCCGUCUCUGUGGUAGCCAUCAUAGCCAGUUUCUUUCUGGCCUCUAUGGUCCACUGCUUCCAGCGCCUGGGCAAAGCCGGUCAGACAGACGAGGAGGAGGGCAACGACUGAGAGAGAGAAAGAGCGUGAUCUGGGACCAGAUUCAGUGUCACUGCAGGCAUUGCAGACCCUGAUUACAUACCUUGUAAGAGGGCCAGGAAGAAGGGCAGGAAAAUGGAAGAGUAAGUCAAGUACAACAAGGGAGUAUUUGGCCCAGGAAUUGGGCCAAAAGGCUCUUACCAUGUGAAUUCCUGCUCGCCGCAUUGGUGGCAGUCAGAGGCACACCAGGAGGGGUGCUAGGGCAGUGGGUUAAACCGUACACUUGAAUAAUACAAAUGUUUUCUUAGCACUGCCUUAGUGUACACAGCCUUACUACCUUACUUUGGAGAGAUCCUCCAGCAUUCCCUUGAAAUCGUAGUACUAUAUUUGGGCUGUACUUUAAGUCUAACAUGAGGUAAAAUUACUUGCACCACCCUUUCAAAGAGGACUAUUCCUCUGCUGCCAGGGGCAAACAGAUUCUUUGAGAUCUGGGUUGAGCUGAGAGGUAAAAGGGCAUAGAGGAGGACAAGGGACAGGCACACUGGAGUCUAAUACAUAACUAUGUCCAUUGCAGUGAUUUGAGUAGCAACCUACUUAACCUCUGUUUACCAAAGAGCAGGCUGAAUGAGAAGAUUCUAUUGUUACAAUAUAGAACACAGAAAUGGGAUAGCGUGAGCAAUCAACAUGGAUGUUAGACUAAACUGUGGCACGAACUCUCAAAUGCAAAAUCAAGUAAAUAUGGAGGAUGUUGUUACAAUAUCUGUUUUUGGAGCACAAAUGUAGCCUGACUAUGUUUGGCGAGACAACGCCCUAAGGAGUUGGCAAGAGAGCACAAACAGUCUGGCACUUAGGCUAGCACAAAUGUAAUAUUGGUUAAAAAACAAUCACACAUUAGGUACAGUAUACUGUAUAGAACAAUAUGCUAAAAUAACCUGCCAUUUAUGACCCACAAAUGUAACUAUAGAAAUAAUUAUAUUAUACAGCUUGUACUGUAAGUGGACCAAUGUAUGUUUCCUGUUUCAGGCAUAAUUAUUUUAUUUCUUUUUUACAUUUGAACAAAAGGUUUAUAUUGAUACUGAAGCUUUUGUUGAUGUUUUGGUUGUUGUUGUUUUUUUUUGUACAAAUUAAGUCUUCUCUUGUUUGUAUGGGGAUUUCACAUGGUAACAGUAUUGUCACAUCGGCAAAGACUCUAAUUCCAAGCUAAGAGGGCUAAGGUAAAAAUGAAUUCAGUGUUUCGUCGUCUUGAUCAUCCUUGAUGUUUGGGCCUUCCAGCCAUUUCCUGUGUCGGCCUUUAUAUCCUCAAUAGACCAGCAGCUAGUAGCAGCCAGGUGAAAUUGAUGAAUGAAUGCUAUAGGUCAAUGAUGUCACGUGUAUUGUUUGGCUAAGAGAAUAGUGAAACAACUGGUAGAUCAUAAAUGAAAACCAGCAUUGUCACAGAUGCUUCAAGACCUGAGUUUUGAGCAGGUGUCCACCUGUCUCACAUAUGUUGCUUCAGUCAAACUGUAUCUGUCUCUGGCGCUUGUAACCCACCAAUGAGAUUUGCUGGCGCUUGCAACCCACCAAUGAGAUUUGAGAUCCCAAAAACAGAUGAAAGGGCUUUUUUUCUGUCAUGAUGCACCAUAACAAACACCUUGAACAGAUAAUCAUGGGGUUGCAAAGUGCAAUAUAACAAAAAUGUAAAGAGAUAAAAUAAAGUGGUAAAAUACACACA